UCCUCAAAUACGAGUCGGUAGAUGAUUAUGAUAUGGAAGAGGAGAUGACCCAGAAGAUCAUAAGAGGUUACUUUGAGGAAAACUCUGCACCCCUUCUACCUGAGGAAUUUAGAAAAGUUGGUGACAAGAUAUUACGAGACAAGAAGUUGUUCUCUCGAAUUGCAGACCUAAAGUUUGAUUUGAUUGUGUUUGAUUUAACCCCGCUACCGAGAAUGUUGACCAUCAUAGCCUACAAGCUGGACAUCCCCUUCAUCUUUAUUGGGGCGACACUGGAAGCUCAAAUCACGCGUACACCCUUCAUUCCAUCUGCCACACCACACUUACUGUAUCCAUUGACACCUAAAAUGGACUUUGGGUCACGUGUAAUUAAUACAAUCAUGAUGAUGACGUAUGUAUUUGUUUAUGACCCGUUCUCUGAUUACAUGCCGGUUGCAACCUAUGCCGCGGACAAGCCUUACAUCUCCAUGGCAUCUUUGACAGCUAAAGCAUGGCUUUGGCUCAUUGAGCAGGAACCGUUUAUGGACUAUCCAAGCGCUACUCUGCCAAACGUCAAGAUGAUUGGCUCGUUAACCACAAAGAAACCGGAACCUCUCCCAGACAAAUACCGGAAAUUUAUGAAUGAAGCCAAAGACGGUGUGGUUAUUGUCUCAUUUGGAAGUAAUGUAAAAGGAAUUCCAGAUGAAAUCUUUGGCCGACUAGUGGAAUCCUUUUCUCGAACCAAAUUUAGGUUCGUUUUUAAGUCAGAAAAACAAGUAAAUGUUGGACCUGACAUCCUUUUAACCGAUUGGAUGCCGCAGGCGGAUCUUCUCUCCCAUCCGAACACAAAACUUUUCAUAACCCACUGUGGGGCUAAUGGUCAGAACGAGGCUCUCUUGCAGGGUGUUCCCAUGAUUGGUUUUCCAAUGUUUGCUGAGCAGCCUUAUAAUGCCAAGAAGUUAGGGUACUUUGGAUUCGGUAUGGAAAUGGAUUUGAACACGUUUUCUGUUGAUGAUUUAGUAUCCAACAUCAAUGAGGUGAUUCAGAAUUCUUCCUACUCACAGAAAAUCAAGAAAGCUGCCGAAAUCACUAAGCUCCGGGAAAGAAGUCCCAAAGAUGAAGCUGUUUACUGGAUAGAACAUGUUCUCAAAUAUGGCGGCGCCCAUCUGAGGUCGUAUUGUCAGGACAUGCCGUUGUAUCAGUAUUUGUGUCUGGACGUCAUCGGGCUUGUCCUGUUUAUUCUCCAUUUUGGUUUAUUCUUUUUUGUGGGUGUCAUGUAUGUAUAUGUGCAGCAGGUGCCGAGGUCGUCAACCAGCAAGGCCGAAACGUGACUAGAAAAGAACAGUUUGGUUCUUCAUUUGGCACUACUUUAUCCUUUCCAUAAUCAAGAAGUCUCGCUCCCUAGCGGUGGAUGUGUCAAAAUACCAAUCAGAGUGUGUAUAAGAAUUGAGGACUUUGAUUACAAUAAUAUCGAGUAUUUAUAAA